GCAAAGCUCAAGGAAAUGCAGUCAUUCUUUGGACUACGAGUGACUGGGAAACCUGAUCUUGACACUUUGGAGAUGAUGAAAAAACCCAGAUGUGGUUUACCUGAUAUAGGGCAAUAUGUGUUCACAGCAGGGAAUCCCAAAUGGAAAAGAAAUAAUCUGACAUACAGAAUUUUGAAUUACACCCCAAAGAUGACAAAAGCUGAUGUAGAUGAAGCAAUCCGAAAAGCUAUCAGUGUCUGGAGCAACGUAACACCACUGACAUUCCAAAGGGUUGAGGACAAAGAAGCAGAUAUAAUGAUUUCUUUUGCUUAUAGAGACCACCGUGACAAUUCUCCUUUUGAUGGUCCUAAUGGGCAGCUGGCUCAUGCAUUCCAGCCUGGUGAAGGUAUUGGUGGGGAUGUGCAUAUUGAUGAGGAGGAAGCUUGGACAAAAGAUGGAAGAGGCUACAAUUUGUUCAUUGUUGUUGCCCAUGAGCUUGGCCAUUCACUGGGUCUGUCUCAUUCAAAUGAUCCUGGAGCACUGAUGUAUCCAGCUUACUCCUACACAGACCCCAAUGAAUUCCUUCUUCCCCAGGAUGACAUUGAUGGCAUUCAAGCCAUAUAUGGGCAGUCUAAUGCUGCUGUGCAGCCAACAGGACCCGUAACUCCAGAAGCCUGUGACCCAAAUUUGACAUUUGAUUCUAUUGUUACCCUACGUGGAGAAAUAUUCUUCUUCAAGGGCAGAUAUAUGCUGCGCAAACAUCCUGCGAGGGUAGAGACUGAGCUCAAUUUUAUCUCACUGUUCUGGCCAACAUUACCAUCAGGAAUUCAAGCUGCAUACGAAAACAUUGAAAAGGAUGAAAUUUUACUUUUUAAAGAGGAUAAAUAUUGGGUUGUCAGGGGAUAUGAUGUUGCACGUGGCUAUCCCAAACCAAUCUACCACUUGGGGUUCCCAAAGACUGUUAAAAGAGUUAAUGCAGCUUACAGUGAUGAAACCACAGGAAAAACAUACUUCUUUGUAGCUAACAGAUACUGGAGAUAUGAUGAAAAGAAAAAAUCCAUGGAUCCUGGUUAUCCCAGGAAAAUAGUCUCUGACUUUGGAAAAAUUGGCAGAGUUGAUGCUGCUUUCUGGAAAGAUGGCUAUGUCUACUUCUUCCAUGGAACAACUCAGUUCCAGUUUGAUCCUCGUGCCAAACGGAUUGUUGGACAAAUGGAGAGCAUCAGCUGGUUUAACUGUUAA